AUGUUGGCAUUAUGCUUCUCGCUGACAUUGUUGGUGAUAACACUGGCCGUAUACAAUGGUGAUAAGUGUAGCAGGUAUCUUAUUGUUUACUACGUAUUGCUUGGUGUACAGGGUGCUCGAAGACUAUACGAGACACUAUGUAUACAGGCUCAUUCAUACUCGACAAUGUCCGUGCUACUCUUUGUCUCUGGCGCAGCAUACUACUUCUUUGCGUCAUUGUCUCCAUUGGCAGAGCAUGCCUACCGCUUCAAUGGAGACCUACAACAAUGUUCAGGUCUAAUGCUCAGUGUGCCUAAUGCAUUGGUCAAGAUCAUAAUCUUUACAUUGGCAUCAUAUACUCAAUAUCAAGUACAUUGUAUAUUGGCUGACAUCAGGAAUCGUUCUUCAUCGUCAACAUCAAAGUCAUCUGCCGGCAAAGUUGUCUAUGAGAUACCUCAAGGUGGACUGUUCAACUUUGUAUCAUGUCCACAUUUCCUCUCAGAGAUUGUCAUCUAUCUCUCUCUAUUAUCUCUAUCAAACUUUAACAGUAUAACAUUAUGGCUACUCAUCAUAUUUACAUCUUUAAACCUGAUACACAGAUCAUUGGAUACACAUAGAUGGUACAAACAAACGUUCAAAUCACAGUAUCCACAUCAAAGGAUGGCGAUCAUUCCAUUCGUCUUGUGA